AUGGCGUGGGCUAUGACCGAAUGGUAUAUGAUGGAGUGGGCUAUGACCGAAUGGUAUAUGAUGGAGUGGGCUAUGGCCGAAUGGUAUAUGAUGGAGUGGGCUAUGACCGAAUGGUAUAUGAUGGAGUGGGCUAUGACCGAAUGGUAUAUGAUGGAGUGGGCUAUGACCGAAUGGUGUAUGAUGGAGUGGGCUAUGGCCGAAUGGUAUAUGAUGGAGUGGGCUAUGGCCGAAUGGUAUAUGAUGGAGUGGGCUAUGACCAAAUGGUGUGUGAUCGAGUGGGCUAUGACCGAAUGGUAUAUCAUGGAGUGGGCUAUGACCGAAUAG